GGAGUCAUUUAGAAUCCGAUUAAUUUUGAAGUCUGCAUACAGUCAAAAGUGACACGUUUGCUUCGUUUGCUUUUUCUCUCGCUUUGUUUCCACAGCCGCCCUGCCUUCCCAUCCCUCGCCCCCUCCCUCCCUCCCUACGGCCCCCGUCGCCCCCUUUUUAGGUCACGAAGAAGCCCCCCUGCACCGCUGGUUUGUGGCAGUGACUACGCGGAGAGAUAUAUUACGGGAAUAUUCUAUUUCGAUUGAUCGAAGGGAGAUUUUGAGUCCAAGCAGAUCGGAUCGUCCUAACCAAUCCACCUGCUACUUCGACUGCUAGAGUUCGGAGCGGGAGGAGGAGGGGAGUGUCACAGCGGCGGCGGCGGCGGCGUCAGCGGAGAUGGUUAAGGAAACCGAUUACUAUGACGUGUUAGGUGUCAGCCCAUCGGCCACAGAGGCCGAGAUCAAGAAGGCCUAUUACACAAAGGCAAGACAGGUGCAUCCUGAUAAGAACCCAAAUGAUCCCCGUGCAGCCCAAAAUUUUCAGGUUUUGGGUGAGGCAUACCAAGUGCUAAGUGAUCCAACACAACGUGAAGCUUAUGAUGCUAAUGGAAAAUCUGGCAUUUCCAGGGAAGCAAUUAUUGACCCUGCAGCGAUCUUUGCAAUGCUUUUUGGGAGUGAAUUAUUUGAGGAUUAUAUUGGCCAACUAGCCAUGGCAUCAAUGGCUUCACUUGAUAAUUUCACUGAAGGGGAACAAGUCGAUGCCAGAAAGUUACAAGAAAAAAUGAGGGUCAUUCAAAAGGAAAGAGAGGAGAAACUUGCAGAGAUACUGAAAGACCGACUCCACCAAUAUGUGCAAGGAAACAAUGAUGAGUUCAUUAGACAUGCUGAAGCUGAGGUCACAAGGCUUUCUAAUGCAGCUUAUGGAGUAGAUAUCCUGAAUACUAUAGGCUACAUCUAUGUAAGACAGGCAGCAAAAGAGCUUGGAAAAAAGGCUAUAUAUUUAGGUGUGCCAUUUAUUGCUGAAUGGUUUAGAAACAAAGGCCAUUUUAUCAAGUCACAAGUAACUGCUGCAACAGGUGCCAUUGCACUAAUGCAGCUACAGGAGGACCUUAAGAAGCAACUUAGUGCAGAGGGCAACUAUACAGAGGAAGAACUUGAAGAAUACAUGCAGAAUCAUAAAAAAGUGAUGAUUGAUUCGUUAUGGAAGCUUAAUGUUGCUGAUAUUGAAGCCACCCUGUCCCGUGUUUGUCAGAUGGUGCUUCAAGAUAACAAUGUUAGGAGAGAGGAACUCCGUGCUCGAGCCAAAGGUUUGAAAGCCCUUGGGAAAAUAUUUCAGAGGGUUAAACUGGGCAAUGGAAGUGAGAGUGAAACAUCAUUUGCUAGUGGGGCACAGAACAAGUUGAGUGGCAAUGAUGAAUGCAAUGAUGGCAGUUCACCUGAUGCAUCACCAAAAUCCCCUGUGGAGCAUCUGUCUUAUGCAAGCCUGGCUGCUACGCAGAGCCCAUACGUGGAGGCUCCUCCGUUUGGGGAUGUUAACUACGACUUCCCCAUGCCUACCGCACCACCUGGCGCUCAGAGGCAUGCUUGAUCAACGGGUGUCUGAAGUAAACCGGAUGAUCCUUACCUUGUGUUUUAGUGUUAGGUGUACCAGGGAAGCAUCUGCUGGGUGUAUUAUGGUUGGUAAGUGUCAACUUUAGGUUUGUGGCAUUUGUUCUUUCAUCAUCAGGUUGCAAAAUAUCAUAUUCUGAAGAUUGGUGUUGGUGGUCAGUUUAUGUGCGCCCCCUUUGUGCCUACUUUGUAUUUGAAGAAUUGGUUCUGCAUCCAUGUCUUUUGUCUUUUGAGCCAGCCCCAGUCGGGCGUUGUACAUCAGAGACAUAUUUCAUGUGUGGCUAGUUUUUAUUUGUGAUAUUGUAGAGAGAAGAUGCUAUGUAUGUAUAUAUAUGCUUUGCUUUGAUCCUAA